AUGACGUCCACAGCGCUCCCCUUCACACUCAACGACCCCGACCUCCUCCACACCGACAACUUUGUCAACGGCCAGUGGACAUCCGCCGCUUCUGGGAGGCGCUUCGAUGUCAUCGACCCCGGCUCUGGCAAGCCCUGGGCGUCGUGCCCGGACAGCGCGACUGCCGAUGUCGAAGACGCCGUACAGACGGCGCACGCUGCGUUCCUCGAGUACUCCAAGUGGACGCCGCGGAAGCGUGCGCAGACGCUCGGUGCAUGGCACCAGCUGAUUGUCGCCGCGCGCGACGACUUGGCGCGCAUUUUGGUCUUGGAGACCGGCAAGCCGCUGGCGGAGGCGUACGGCGAGAUUGACUACGGCACGACGUUCACGUGGUGGUUUACGGGCGAGGCCGACCGAAUCCAAGGCGCCACGCUCAACUCGGCGCUUCCCGGCCGCCGGGGUCUCGUCAUUAAGCAGCCCGUAGGCACCGCCGUGGCCCUAGUGCCGUGGAAUUUCCCGCUGGCGCUCGUCCUCCGAAAAGCCGGCGCGGCGCUGGCGGCCGGCUGCACCAUGGUCGUCAAGACGUCGCCCGAGACGCCCGUCACGGCCUUUUGCCUGGCCCAUCUCGCCCGUCGUGCGGGCUUCCCGCCCGGGGCGCUCAACGUCCUUUCGACCACACUGGACAACACGCCCGCCGUGGCCGAGGCGCUCUGCCUGCACCCGCUCGUCAAGAAGGUCACGUUCACCGGCAGCACGCGCGUCGGCAAGAUCAUCUCGGGCCUGUGCGCGCGCAACCUCAAGAAGUGCACGCUCGAGCUCGGCGGCAACUGCCCGUUCAUCGUCUUUGACGACGCCAGCCUCGACCAGGCCGUGGCCCAGCUGCAGUCGCUCAAAUGGCGCCACGCCGGCCAGGCCUGCGUCUCGGCCAACCGCGUGUAUGUCCAGCGCGGCAUCCACGACGCCUUUGUCGCGCGCAUCGUCGCCGACACGCAGAAACUCAAGCUCGGCCACGGCCUGGCCGACGGCACGACCCUCGGCCCCGUCACGACGCCCCGUGGCCUCGACAAGGGCGAGGAACUGUUCCAGGACGCCGUCAAGGGCGGCGCCAAGGUCGUGCUGGGCCACGGCUGCCGCGAGACCGCGGGUGACGGCUACUUUAUGGCCCCCACCGUGCUCACUGGCGUCAACGACAACAUGGCCAUGGCCCAGGACGAGGUGUUUGCGCCCAUCCUGGGCAUUUCCGUCUUUGAUACCGAGGCGGAGGCCGUCCAGCGCGCCAACAACACCAGCAUGGGCCUGGCCAGCUACGUCUUCUCCAAGAACGUCGACCGCCUGUGGCGCAUGUUUGAGAACCUCGAGGCCGGCAUGAUCGGCCUCAACACAGGCAACGCGUCGGCCACUGAGGCGCCCUUUGGCGGCAUCAAGGACAGCGGAGUCGGCAAGGAGAGCGGCAAGGACGUCGCCGUCAACGAGUUCCUCAUCACCAAGAUGGGUACUUUGUCGGUGGAGGAUCACUAUUAG